CUAAACUAGAUUACGGCGAAUGUUGUAUUUUCGUUUUUUUGUGCAUAACAUGCGCAUUAAAAUCAUAUUUGCGCAUGUUUGUUACCGGUCGGUCGGCUCUCUGUUGAUAAAAUUCCCUAACCUCUAACAUUUCUCAAGUGCAGAGCAAGCGCACGUAAAAAAUACCUAAAGCUCAUCAGUACCCAUUUGAUUGUCAGUAAAUUAGUGCGUGUCGCAUUAGCAAUGUUGCAUUUAUCCCGUCUUUGCGGCGUGCGAGCCUAUACUCUCGUUAAAAACUCGACUUGCUUGCACAAGCAAAUCGCCACCCAACAACGCAAACCCUUCAGUUCACUAUGGCAAAAGUUCGUUGAACAAGAGCAGAGUACGCUUCUUCAAAAUGCCAAAACAACGGCUAAAACAGUUGCUAAAGCCUCAUCCAAACCAACAGAUAAAAAAGUUGGAUACUGGCUGCUGGGAUGCAGUGGAAUGGUUUUUGUUGCUGUUGUACUAGGUGGAGUCACAAGAUUGACAGAGUCUGGUUUAUCCAUGGUCACAUGGAAAUUGCUUGGGGAGAAAAUGCCAAGGACUGAAGAGCAGUGGGUGGCUGAGUUUGAAAAGUACAAACAAUUUCCCGAGUAUAAAAUAAAAAACCACGACAUCACUUUAAGUGAAUUCAAACACAUUUGGCACAUGGAAUAUGGCCACAGAAUGUGGGGACGAUUAAUUGGCGCGGCUUUCUUCCUACCAGCCACUUAUUUCUGGAUGCGCGGCCAUUUUAAGCCUGCACUUAAAAACAGAAUUAUGGUUUUCGGUGGUUUACUGGCCGCACAAGGAUUGAUGGGAUGGUAUAUGGUGAAAUCAGGACUGGAGGAUAGAUUCCAAGGGGCGUCAGACGUCCCCAGAGUAUCACAAUAUCGCCUGGCAGCGCAUUUGGCUCUAGCAUUAGCAUUGUACGCCGGAUUAUUCCGAUCAGCUUUGCAUAUCCUCUGGCCAGCAGAAGCCAUCCCGACAAAGGAUAAAGCAAUCAUCAAUGCAUUCAAGAAAUUCCGGAUGUUUGCGCAUUCAACCAAAGGAUUGGUAUUUUUCACAGCUGUAUCAGGCGCAUUUGUUGCUGGGCUCGAUGCUGGUUUGGUCUACAACUCAUUCCCGAAAAUGGGCGACAAGUGGGUGCCCGAAGACGCGUUCGCAAUGUCACCGAGAAUUUCAAACUUCACCGAAAAUCCGACUACUGUUCAGUUGGACCACAGGAUAUUGGGAAUCACGUCCUUGACGCUUAUCUCUGCACUCUGGCUUGUUUCCCGUAAACGUAUGUUACCCCCGCGCGCCAGGAAAGCAGUAAACGCGUACGUUGCAAUGGCGUGGUUACAAGUCGCGCUUGGCAUUACCACUCUGCUCACAUACGUGCCAGUUUCCAUUGCAUCUUUACACCAGAGUGGAUCGUUGAUUUUGUUCACCAAAGCAUUGUGGUUGACGCACGAAAUGAAACGUUUACCGAAAUAACUCUUAAGCUAGCUUACCAUUUGUUUGCAUUGUUUAUUUGCGCUCACGGCAAGACUUUAGCGUAUUCGACAUAAAACGAUGAUUUCUUAACGUGGUCCCACACCUUGGUGCAGUAGGAGAGCCAUGUUUUCUCGGUGAGCGGAACGUGAGAAAGAGGAAACUUAGUUACACAACUUAAGUUUCUACGGAGUGUUUUUACGAGUUGCUCAAGGGGUGGAUAACCAUGGCAUAUACUUUCUACACAUAAAAAAAUCAACCGUUUAAAAUACCACAAUCAAUCAAAUUAAAAUUUCAUUACCUUCAUAAGAAUCAAAGUCGGGCAAUAAAAACAAAUUUAUUGCCGCUCCACACUUUUCUUCAUUAAGUGUUGGAAUAAUUUUCCCCGUACCCAAUCCCAAACUGGACUCUAGCAGAAACUUACUACUUUUGAAUAUGUUGCGAUAUGUGUGUUGAAUUUGUUUGAAUCUUGCCUGGGUGAAGUCUUCUAAAGGUGCUUUUGUAUGUAGAAUUAGCAGAUGUGGACACUGCUCCAGAAAUUCUUCUUCAUUGUUAGUCAUAGUUGGUUUUAACAUUUCAGCAGUUAAUAAAAACCUGUUAUGUAAAAUAUUAAAUUAUAAUGAAGAAUAUAUUUUAUGUAAGAA